AUGAUUCACCAACGUACAUUCUCAAAUACUUCGAUAGAUUCAUUUAAUUUCAAUCAUAAUAAACUUCAUCAAAUAGAGGAAGAAAAGAAUCUCCGAGAAUCAAGAAUUAAUGAAGCCAAUUUUGAAGAAAUUUCAAUUCAUUCUAAAACUCAUUAUAGUAAAUUGAAUUCAAAACAGCAACCUGUUGUACCAUCUCCUUUACAAAGACAAAUUACUAGAAAUUCAAUUCAUAGUAAUAAUUCCAUGAAUACAAUAAUUCAAUCCCAACAACAACAACAACAACAACAAGUUAAACGUACAAGUAUGAUUUCUCCUUCACAAUUCAUUAUCAAUGUUAAUCGUACCCCUGGGAAUUUAACACCUUCUCAACGAUUGAAUUUACGUAAAUCAAAUAUCAAUAGUUCAAUUUCACAGUAUAAAUAUGAUGAUACUAAUAUUGUUAAACAUAAACAAUCUCAAAUUAUUGAUGAUAGAGAUGAAAUUAUUGAUGAUAAUGUUUUAUUUAAUGUUCCAUUUUCACAAUCGAUUGAAUCAUUGAAUCAACAUGAGAAAUUUUUAUUUGAUAAUCAAUCAAGAAAUCUUUCAUUUGUCACUGAUGAUUCAACAAGAACAAGUUCAAUUAUUUCUCAUGUUAGUAUUAAUGAUAGUUUAUCAUCUGUUGAAGAAGAUGAACAUGAUAUCACAUCAAGUACCAUUAAACCAACACAACCAGUACCACCACCACCACCACCACCUCCUCCUCCUCAACAACAACAUGCAAGAUCUCAAUCAAUGGCUAUAAUUACUGAUAAAGAAUUUAAUAGUAUUUCAAAAGAUGCUCAAGAAUUGACAGUAUUGUGUAAUAAAGAUGAAUUUUCCCAAAUUUAUGAUGAAAGUUUUCAAAAACGUAGAAUGUUGUCAAAUUUUAAAAGAAUUCUGUCAAUACUACCUAAUAAAUUAACUACUAGUUCAAAUAAUAAUAAUGGUAGUAGUAGUAGUAAUUCAACAAGGAAUAUUGAUCCAAAAUAUCAUACUUUUACAAGACCAAUUUGGUUACCACCAAAAUCAUCAUAUGAAAAAUUGAAACAUCAAAAAGAAUCUGAAAAUAUUUUAUAUAAUGCAUUAUAUCAAGAAUCACAACUUCAACAAAAGAGAUUAAUUGAAUUGGAUCAUGUAUUGAAACAACGUCAAGAUGAUGUUAAAACAUGGGAAAGAUCAUUAUUGAAUAUUAAAAGUUUUGAUGAAUUAUCAUUUAAAGAUAUAACUGAAUUAUAUUGGAGAGGUAUUGCUUCUGAUAUUCGUAGUAAUGUUUGGUGGAAGAUUAAUUUAUUGAAGAAACCAAAAGAAUUUGAUGAAUCAUUUUGUGAAUAUUAUUUUGAUAAAUAUCUUAUAAUUCAUUCAAAAUUAUUACAUUUAAACAAGAUUCAGAAUAAGAAUAAGAAUAAGAAUAAGAAUAAGAAUAGUCAUACUAACACGCAUGUUAAUGUUAAUGAUGAAGAACAAUUACAAACCUUGCUUAAUACAAAAGUGUUUGAUGUUUCAUUAUUACAAUGGUGUAAAUUAUACAAUCAAAUUUAUAAAGAUUUAAUGUUGAAUGUUUAUCCAGAUUUGAAUUAUUUUCAAGAUCAAGAAGUUAUUUCCAAAAUUACUAAAAUUAUAUUUAGUAUUAUUCUUUAUUUUAAAGAUCAACAAGGUGGAGAAUUAGAAUUAAGUGAAGAUUUUAAUAUAAUGAAUUUUUACCUUUCUGGAAUGAUUAAUUUAACAUCAAUUUUUUAUUAUAAUUAUAAAAAUACUUAUAAAAGUUUUAUAUCAAUUUGUCAAUUUUAUAGAUUAAGAUUACCAAGUAUGAUGUUUACUUUUAUUAAUGGAUCAAAAGAAAUGAAAUCAAUUUUGAAAAAUUCAUUAAACAGUUAUAUGAUUUAUAAAUUUGAAAAAAUUUUAAAAAUUAAACUUAAUAGAAUUUCAGUUCAUUUUAAAAUUCAUAAUGUUUCAUCAUUUGAUUAUUUACCUAAAUUAAUCUUAAGUUUAGGUUUAAAUUUAUUUAAUUUUGAAAUAUCUUCAAGAAUUAUUGAUUUGAUUUUAUUUGAUUUAAAUCCUGAUGAAAUUAUCAUGAAUUUAAUUCUUAAUUAUAUGAUUAAAAUUCAACAUAAAUUAUUUGGUAAUAAACAAGAAAUUCUUGAUGCUUUAUUUGGUGAAAAUUUAAUCAAUUCUAAUUCUAAUUCUAAUUCAAAUACUCAAAAAUAUGUUAAUGUCGGUUAUGAAAUUGAAUUUAUAAAUUCUUUAAAAGAAUUGUGCAAAUAG